GUUUCCCAAUGGCUGUUUACAGAGCGAGUAUUCCCACUGCAUUGACAGCGCACAAAAGGGAAAGGGGCUUAUUCUGAGUAUUGGAAGUGUUCAAUAUCUUGAUCUGGGGGUGGUUAGUUCCAUGGUGUGUAUGCAAGCAAAAAUCGAUUGAGCUGUACACUUAGAUCUGUGCUCUUUGUUGUAUGUAAAUUAUACCUCAGUAGAAAGGUUUAAAAAUGAGCUUAAACUCCAGUAGGAGUUUAGACUUCAGAAAGAACUUCCUAAAAAGGGCGACUUCAGAGAAGUGAGUUUCCACCCAGGGAGGCUAAGCGUCAACCUUCUCUUGAGAACUUUAAGAUUAUCCAUCUGUUCUGAAGGAGGAGAUGGGAAACCAGGGAACAAAUAAGAUGACCUCUGUCUUGGAGAGUUUUCCGAAGUUCUUCCAUCCCCAGAAAUUCCCCUGUCCUUUCCCAGGGACAGAAGAAUCCUCCUUGCUGUCUAAUUUCCAUCUCUUUUAUUGCGAUUCUAACUCCUCACUCUGCCCUCCAUGGAGUCCAGCCAUCUCCCUGGCCUCACACAAAAUCUCUUUAGAGCCUUGAAGCUUUGAGUACUGAGGGGGACCCCAUUUCAACCGUCUCACCAACCACUCUCUCUCCCUCAUCCCAUUCCCUUCUCCUUGAGGAUGUCAGUUCCUGUUCUGAGCCCGCCCCCACCCAGGCCCUUUUUCCGGUGGUGUGUGCCAGCCAGUCCUGCAUCCCACAUCCCCAGCUGUUGACAUUUCGUACCCACAAGAUAAAGAAAGGGCCCCUGUUAUUCAACAAUAGGGGAAAAGACGGAGACAAUGGGAAAUUGUGCUUCCGAUGGGGUGGGGACAGAGAAGGAAAGGACAGACAGACGGACAGCUAGGGGUCUGGAUAGAAGGGGUCAGGUUUCUUGAAGCAGCCGGAGGUCCUGGAAGUCUGGUUCCCACCGUGAGAGCCUCUUUCCAUAGGCAAUGCGCACCCAGACACCGGAGGGUAGAGCCUUAUUUGUAGUUCAUCCCCACUCCCAUUGGUCCAAUCGAUCCACCCCUUCUCUGGCCCAAGAGCAUCUAGAAGAAACGAGGCACCCAGCUCUCUGCAUUCUUCCAGCAGGACGAAAAACUGCCAAUCACUGCUUCCUCCAUCUCUGUGAAGAGACCUGCGUCUAACAGAUGGAGAAUGGGUGCUGGGAGAGGAUAGAGACGAGCUGGCAAUCCAGAUGGCAGGACUUGGGAAGUAGCACUUGUGAUGAGAAGGGGAUAGGGAGAGGAGAUGCUAAAUCAGGACCAGCUGCCUGAAAAGAUUCCUAAGGAAUGCCCACCCUUUGUGCCCUACGGACGGUGCUGGGCGGACUCCUCGUCAUGCCAGGCUGGCUCACGCUCCCCACGCUCUGCCACCUCCUUCUCCCUUGGACCUUCACCGUCUUCUUCCACAAAGCCCUGGGGGACCCAGCAUCCCACCUUGGCCCCCACUACCUCCUGCCCCCCAUCCACGAGGUCAUUCACUCUCGUCGUGGGGCCACGGCCACGCUGCCCUGCGUCCUGGGCACCCCGCCUCCCAGCUACAAGGUACGCUGGAGCAAAGUGGAGCCAGGGGAGCUCCAGGAAACGCCGAUCCUCAUCACUAACGGACUGCACGCCCGGGGCUACGGACCUCUGGGGGGGCGCGCCAGGAUGCGGAGGGGACAUCGUCUAGACGCCUCCCUGGUCAUCGCGGGCGUGCGCCUGGAGGACGAGGGCAGGUACCGCUGUGAGCUCAUCAAUGGCAUCGAGGACGAGAGCGUGGCGCUGACUCUGCGCCUGGAGGGUGUGGUGUUUCCGUACCAGCCCAGCCGGGGCCGGUACCAGUUCAAUUACUACGAGGCGAAGCAGGCGUGCGAGGAGCAGGAUGGACGCCUGGCCACCUACGCCCAGCUGUACCAGGCGUGGACCGAGGGUCUGGACUGGUGUAACGCGGGCUGGCUGCUCGAGGGCUCCGUGCGCUACCCCGUGCUCACGGCGCGCGCUCCGUGCGGCGGCCGCGGUCGGCCCGGGAUCCGCAGCUAUGGGCCCCGCGACCGGAAGCGCGACCGCUACGACGCGUUCUGCUUCACCUCUGCGCUGGCAGGCCACGUGUUCUUCGUGUCCGGGCGGCUGACGCUGUCUGAGGCCCACGCGGCGUGCCGGCGGCGCGGGGCCGUGGUGGCCAAGGUAGGGCAUCUCUACGCCGCCUGGAAGUUCUCGGCGCUGGACCAAUGCGACGGCGGCUGGCUGGCGGACGGCAGCGUGCGCUUCCCCAUCACCACGCCGCGGCCGCGCUGCGGGGGCCUCCCGGAUCCCGGAGUGCGCAGCUUCGGCUUCCCCAGACCCCAGCAGGCCGCCUACGGGACCUACUGCUACUCCGAGUAGCGGCCCAGCGCACCCCCUCCAGCGCGCACGACAAAGCCUGGGAGUCGUGGCGGGGUCUCUCGCCGCCCCUUUCCCACGAGCCUGCCUUCUCGCCAGACAAGGAGGAGCCCCUUCUGACCCGCCUUCCCGGCCGGCAGAGGGCUGCGGGCAGCGAGCAGAUCCCGGCUGGCCGGGCGGUGGGAAGGGAGGUGGUGGCGCCCCCCGUGGCGGGGUGUGCGUGUACCACCCUCGGCCCCGCGGAUCGAGGACCGGCCGCUGUUCUCGUGCCGCCAGCAAACCAAGCAGUGACUACUAGGGGACGGAAUGGGUGCCCAGGGGGCAUUAACUGACCUCUGUAAACAGCAAUAAAAUAACUUAGGGACUUUU